UGGGGUCACCAGGAGGGUGUGGAUGGCAAGUGACUUCAUCCCUGCCCCAACAGGAUGGAGAAACUAAGGCCCAGAGAGGCAGUCAGCCUCCUCCCCUUCCCUGCUCCAGCCUCAGCAGUGGCCCCUUCCCUCCACGGGCUGCCCGGGAGCUCAGUCCCACCCCCUCCGCUGAUGAGGCCAUGAGGCACCGACUGGACCCGGGCCAGGUCACCCCUCUCUGUCCCAUCCCCAAUCCGGAGGACUCCCUGCUGUCUGGGAGCUGAGGGAGCCCUGGGGCCGGGGUGCAGCUGGGGGCCUCUUCUAGGGACCCAACUCCUGAUCCAGCCCCUGCCGGCCGCACCUUCUGCAGGGUGUCACAGAAUCAUGGACUGAGUCCACAUGGCCCCCACUGCACAGAUGGGGAAACUGAGGCCUGGGAGAGUGGAGUGGCUGGCCUCAGGCCACACGGAAAGGCCCCGCCUCUUCCAGAACCUCCUGCUCUUCCUGUGGGCCCUGCUGAACUGUGGUUUGGGGGUCAGUGCUCAGGGUCCGGGCGAGUGGACCCCGUGGGUGUCCUGGACCCGCUGCUCCAGCUCCUGUGGGCGUGGCGUCUCCGUGCGCAGCCGGCGCUGCCUCCGGCUUCCUGGGGAAGAACCGUGCUGGGGAGACUCCCAUGAGUACCGCCUCUGCCGGUUGCCAGACUGCCCCCCAGGGGCUGUGCCCUUCCGAGACCUACAGUGUGCCCUGUACAAUGGCCGCCCUGUCCUGGGCACCCAGAAGACCUACCAGUGGGUGCCCUUCCAUGGGGCGCCCAACCAGUGCGACCUCAACUGCCUGGCUGAGGGGCACGCCUUCUACCACAGCUUCGGCCGCGUCCUGGACGGCACCGCCUGCAGCCCGGGUGCCCAGGGGGUCUGCGUGGCUGGCCGCUGCCUUAGCGCCGGCUGUGAUGGGUUGUUGGGCUCGGGUGCCCUCGAGGACCGCUGUGGCCGCUGCGGAGGCGCCAACGACUCGUGCCUUUUCGUGCAGCGCGUGUUUCGUGACGCCGGUGCCUUCGCUGGGUACUGGAACGUGACCCUGAUUCCCGAGGGUGCCAGACACAUCCGCGUGGAACACAGGAGCCGCAACCACCUGGCACUGAUGGGGGGCGAUGGGCGCUACGUGCUUAAUGGGGACUGGGCGGUCAGCCCACCAGGGACCUACGAGGCGGCCGGCACGCAUGUGGUCUACACCCGCGACACAGGGCCCCAGGAGACAUUGCAAGCAGCCGGGCCCACCUCCCAUGACCUGCUCCUACAGGUCCUCCUGCAGGAACCCAACCCUGGCAUCGAGUUUGAGUUCUGGCUCCCUCGGGAGCGCUACAGCCCCUUCCAGGCUCGUGUGCAGGCUCUGGGCUGGCCCCUGAGGCAGCCGCAGCCCCGGGGGGUGGAGCCUCAGCCACCCGCAGCCCCUGCUGUCACCCCUGCACGGACCCCAACCCUGGCCCCAGGUGAGGUUGGGACAGCCAGGGUGGGGGAUGAGUGGGGACUGAGGCCUGUGCCCCUCACAGCACCGCCUGUCCCACAGACCCCUGCCCACCCUGCCCUGACACCCGCGGCCGCGCCCACCGACUGCUCCACUAUUGCGGCAGUGACUUUGUCCCUAUAGAUCCCGAGGUCCCACCUGACCCUCAGUCCCUCUUCUGGCAAGCGGGGGGAGCGUGGAGAUUUGCGCAGAGUUGAGCAGCCAGCCAGCUUAGCACGCCCCCUCAACAGUGUUCCAGGCCCGAGUGCUGGGCCGCCACCGCCAGGCCCAGGAGACCCGCUAUGAGGUGCGCAUCCAGCUCGUCUACAAGAACCGCUCGCCACUGCGGGCACGCGAGUACGUGUGGGCGCCAGGCCACUGCCCCUGCCCGAUGCUGGCACCCCACCGGGACUACCUGAUGGCUGUCCAGCGUCUUGUCAGCCCCGACGGCACACAGGACCAGCUGCUGCUGCCCCACGCCGGCUACGCCCGGCCCUGGAGCCCUGCGGAGGACAGCCGCAUACGCCUGACUGCCCGGCGCUGUCCUAGCUGAGCCCCUGCAGGAGCCCCGGCCACACACAGCAAGAAAGAUACAUCUGACCAGCCUCAACGUCAACGUAUUUCCCCUCUCACCCUGGCUUCCAGGCAGCUCUGAAAUACAUCCCACCUGUGCAGCUAUGUGACUCCCUCCCUCACACGCUUAGACACCUCUGCAUGCAGUCAAAGCCACUGUCACAAGCCGGCAGGCACUGGUGAGGAGGCACUAAGGAGACUCUGACUUUUAUUUUGCCUCUCUCCUUGGCUGCCAGGAAGCUCAUAGCUAUUUAUACUCAGAAAGCUUAACGCUGCUUUCAUUCUCUUUGCAUUCGCCACACUUGCUUGGAGACACUGUCAUGAACGAGCAUGACACCCUGCUGCCCUGGGUACCCAGAAGAUCAUCUGUUUACUUCCCAGACACUGUGCUGUCUCUGCUCUCUGCUACUCACACACACGCUCAUGUGUGAAGGGCAGAGACACUGUCACAAACAGGCAUGCCCCUUAGAAGACAUGCCUAACCAGGCACUGUAAUGUACCAACGUACCAAUUUCCCCUUUUCCCCUGGCUACCAGGAAACUCGGAGACAAUCUUUUCAGCCUCAGCAUUUCUGGCUGGAUUUCCACCCAUCAACACGUGCUUGCUCCUCCUUUUUUUUUUUUUUUUUUUUUGAGGCAGACCCUUGCUGUGUCACCUAGGCUGAAGUGCGGUGGUGCAAUCAUGGCUCACUGCAGCCUCAAAUUCCGGGGUUCAAGCGAUCCUUCCACCUCAGCCUCCACAGCAGCUGGAACUACAGGUGUGAAUCACCAUGCCCGGCUAACUUUUAAGUUUUUUGUAGAGAUGGGGUCUUGCUAUGUUGCCCACACUGCUCUCCAACUACUGGCCUCAAACGAUCCUCCUGCCUCGGCCUCCCAAAGCACUGGAAUUUCAGGCAUGCACUAUCGUACUGGCUGUUCACCCCCCUUUUAUUCCUCUUUAAUUUUUACAAGCACUUUUUUUAAAAAAAAAUUUACUUUAAGUUC